CAUGUACCAAUCAACCGUCCUCUCCAAACAGUUCGCCGUGCCCUCCUCCUCUCAAGCGGCCGGCGCGUCCACCUCGCAGCGCGCCCGGUCGUCCCGCGCGCCGGAGCAGCCUCAGCGCGAGCUCGGAAUGCGCCGACGUUACGGCGAAGCAGGCGGGGGCAAGUACCAGCCGCCGGCAGAACCCCCAAAAAAGACCAAGGGCUUCACGGCGCCGUCCUGGGUGUCGGCCGCAGCUGCUGGGGCGGGCUUAGCUGGGAUCGCGGGCGUCGCUCGAGAGCCAAGUGCCGUCGCAGUGCAGAGUCAGGGGAGCCUCUCGCCUGUGGUUCCCGAUCCGCCCUUCGCGAUCGCGCGUGCGCAAGGUUUCGUGGGGAGCAUCAUGGCGAACGGGGGCGAGGCCCCGCAGCUCGAGAUGUCAGCGCGCAGGGCGGAGCCGAGCGACGACAUGGACCAGGACGAGACGGGGAAGGAGGCGGACUCGAGCUACGGGGAUAUCUCGUUUGAUUUCGACCCGGAGGCGUUGGACGAGGCCAUGAGUAUGUACGAUGCGUGAUGUACGCGCUCGUGGGGUCAGGUUCCCAUUUGCGCAUCGGACUGGGACUUGGUGCUCUGUUCCUAUGUUUUCCCUUUUGUUAUCUCUUUCGCCGUUAUUAGGUUAUGACUCACGCAUAAUGUCCGCACUCGCAUAUGUACCAUACCCAUCGUUUCUCGCCCCUGCUGCAAAAUGUACCCCGUACUCUGUACCGCGCAUCUCCGGCUGCUUCCUCACUCGCACUUCUUCC